GCACGUGUGUUCAGCUACCGGAGAGUAAACGGUGUAAAAUGACGCAGUCAGGCGGUGUGGUGAAGCCGAAGACGAAGCGCUCCAAGCGUUUCCUGCAGACCCGAGAACCCAAGCUGACGGAGAACUCGAAGAACGUCAUGAUCAUGAAGGGAGGGAACACGAGCGAAACCGUCACACACGCCCUCAAAGACGUGUACGCACUGAAGAAACCCAACGCUGUUCUGUACAAGAAGAAGAACAUCAUGAGGCCGUUUGAAGACUCCACGUCACUGGAAUUCUUCUCCAAGAAGUCAGACUGCUCGCUGUUCCUGUUCGGCUCCCACAACAAGAAACGACCGAACAACCUGAUAUUCGGUCGCAUGUUUGAUUUCCACGUGUUGGACAUGUUUGAGCUCGGCAUUGAGAAGUUCACAUCGCUCAAAGAGGUUAAGAACAGUAAGUGUGCAGAGGGUACGAAGCCCAUGUUGGUGUUUGCAGGUGAACUGUUUGAGACGGAUAAAGAAUACGUACGCCUCAGGAGUGUCCUGACAGAUUUUUUCCGAGGUCCGUCUGUAUCCGCCGUGCGUCUGGCCGGUCUCGAUCACGUUCUCCACUUCACUGCUCUGGACGGAAAAAUCUACCUGCGCAGCUACAGGGUGCUGUUGAAGAAGUCAGGCUGUCGGACACCGAGGAUAGAGUUGGAGGAAAUGGGUCCGUCAUUAGACCUGGUUGUGAGGAGGACUCACCUGGCCUCAGAUGACCUGUACAGGACCGCACUCAGACAGCCCAAAGGAGUCAAGCCCAAGAAGAAGAAGAACGUCUCCCACGAUACCUUUGGGACCAGAUACGGCCGGCUGCACAUGCAGAAACAGGACCUCAGCAAACUGCAGACCAGGAAGAUGAAGGGACUGAGGAAGAGGAAAGGAGAUGUCGCCAUGGAGACCGGAGAGACGAUAUCACCCAAGAAAUCCAAAGCUCAGGAAUAAAGGCAUCUCUGUCAGAAA